CUGUGGACAGGAAACACUUUGUUAAACAGAUCCUUUAAAGCUGAUUGGCUGAAUGUUGGACACAUCACAGGGGUAACUGAGGCUAAAUGUGGGUGCUGAGGGGCAGAAACUGAGCAAAUUGUCUUACUAACACUGAUACUGAGUGACUGUGAGUGAGUUUUGAAGAGAUCAUCAUUAUCGUAAGGAAGGAGGAUGUUGAAGUGUGUAAAGAAAUUGCUGUGUGAUGGUGUUCUCGCUCUGGUGUCAGUGUCACUGUUUUGCAGCCAAACAGUCGAAAGUGUUGAGAACAAAUCAAUACUGAAACUCGACAACCUCACACAAUAUGAACCCCGGGUUCUCCCCAUGCUCAAGCUUUGUUCAGGACAACAUGAGAGCUUUUGCAUUAAUGGUCUCUGUUCUUUUCAUGAAAAUAUCAACACACCGUCCUGCACGUGUCACUCAGGAUUUAUCGGUGAACGGUGUGAGAUCUUUAAUCCGGGCUUACCUGUGACAAGCCCCUUUAAACUGGAGGAAGUGAUCUCUAUCAGCUGUGGAGUGAUUGUGCUGCUUGUGUGUGUGUGUGCGCUCAGCUACUGCUGCUACAGGAAGUGUGGCAGAAAACCGACUCCUCCAUAUAAAAACCAGGAGAACAGUGUAUGAGAGGGAAGGCGACACACACUUUGGAGAAAUGAAACAGCCAGACGGAUUGGUCACAUGACCACUUACUAUACACUGCAAACACAUAACACUCUAUCAAGACUGUAACUCUAACACAACCCUGUUAUGACUGUAACACAAACACAACACUAGCAAGACUGUAACACAACACUGAAACAACAUUGUAACAAGACUGAAACUCUUAACACAACACAAACAAGACUAACUCUAACACAACACCAACAUUUUUACACAACACUGUAACACAAUACUAACACAAACAACUCCACACUUCUGUAUUUAUACUUUAUUAUAAAAAUGUAUUAUUAUUUUGAUAUUUAUUUAUAAUUUUGAUCAAUAAAUCCCUUGUACACUGUUG